GCCAUUUGUAGUUGUGUAGCCGUGUAGGCUCGGUUGUUUUUAUGUUUUUUCAGGCUGCAAACAUGUCCCACCACCAGUUCUGCUUCCAACAGGUCGGUGGUCGUUGCAAGCCCUUGGGUGCUGGAGAGAUCGUGCCAGGAAUCGCGCCAGCCACCCCUGAACAGAUCCGGGCCUCGCAGCAACGGCGGGCGGAGCAACGGCGGGCACUCAAGGAGCAGUGUAAUUACGGAUCCGGGCCUCGCAGCAACGGUGGGCGCUGGAGCCGGAGCAACGGCGGGCACUCAAGGAGCAGAGAAGCAAAGCACGCCAGGAACUGGACUGGAAGGCGGUCAAAGAAUUUCUUGACUUGCACCAGUUCAGCGACGAGAAUGAUGCAGCUACUCUCCAAAUUUGGCGCCACCUGUGCUCCAGUUCGCUGGGCCGGCAGCGAAGCUUCGCUAGUGUCCGGUGCUGGUGCAUUAGAGGGGACGCGCUUUUAAAUUACUAUAUAGAGGAGGCUGGCAGUGGAACACAUUUGGAC